ACUGGAUACUGAUAGUAAUCAUUUUUAAAAGGAAGACAAUGCUCUAUCUAGAUUCCAAACAUGGAUUGAACCACUCUGUGAUUGAUGCAAUAACAUCCUUCUUAGCAUGUCUGUAUGAGAUGGAUUCAAAAUAUCCCUAUAGUUUUGCGGCUGAUCAUUUUUUGCACCAACUGAUAUACCCAGGCAAGGUACCGUAAUUCCAGUGACUACGGUCCUUUCACAUGUACCAUUGCCCAUCUGAUUGCUUCUGCUGCCCAAUUACAGUUCAUACAAAAGGAUAUGGCUGCCAUUAGACCCUGGAUUGCAAAAGAAAUAAUACAGUACUGUGGGAAAACCUAUUUUGAAGGACAAGACAAAUAUUUUCAAGUGGAAAUUGAUGCUGUUCCUCCCAAGAAGAGACAAAUCUUGAACGAAAGUUACAUUACUGUGUCUCGAUCAUGCCCAGAGGGAUGGAAGGAUACACUAACCUAUUGCUCAGAUAUUUUACCUUCCUUGUUUGAAGGCUGCUGGUCACUAUGUUUCUUGAAGGAAGGGUGCAGGAGGCCCAGUGGUGACCUAACUAUGGUUUACUGUGAAGGAAACUGCAAGGACUGGUACCACUGCUUUCGCAUAGGCAUUGAUUCAAAAGAUCUUCCAGAGGUUUUCGUGUGUCCAGACUGUCAAUCCACUGUGGCCGAAUAGAUUUUGAAACUGCGAACUGUCAUAUUCCACAGGUUGGUAUAAUACAGCAAAAUCCAAACAUAUAGUUUUCAUCAUCAUGGCAGGGAUGGUCCUUUUCCAUAGAAUUCUUAUUUAUGGAGUUAGUUUUUAAAUCCUGCUUUUCUCUACUUGAAGGAGUCUCAAAGUGGCUAAAAAUCUCCUUUCCCUUCCACCCCCACAACAGACACCUUGUGAGGUAGGUGGGGCUGAGAGAGUUCAGAGAGAAGUGUGACUGGCCCAAGGUCACCCAGCAGCCUGCAUGUGGAGGAGCGGGGAAGCGAACCCAGCUCACCAUAUUAGAGUCCACCGCUCUUAACUACUACACCACAGAAACAUAUCUCUUAAAACUCUGGAGCAAGCUGUUCAGUUCAGCCUCAUAGUGAUACUGAUUUGUGGAGGGAAGGUUGGUGAUGAGCAAGAUCUGUUCCCAUUUCCCAACACAGAGACCAUAGAGCAGUUUCUUUUGGGAGCUGAACCUGCAGAGUGUUUCUGUUCAGAAUUUCCGUGGCAGAAAUUGGCUAAGUGCCUUUAUAAACAUUCAGCUUCUCAAAUCGAACCCCAUCAUGAAACUUUCAGGUGUAGCUGUUGGAGGUGGAGGGCAGAGAAGGUGCUAGUCCUUACCUCCCUCCUCCCAGCCCCAUGAUCAGUUGCCCAAUGGGCUGAAUUUCACGGCUUUUGCAUGUAAAGGGCAAGCUUGUUCUUUACUUGUUUAGACUCUUUAAACUUGGAAACAGAUAUUUGGCUCCAUGACCAAAAUGACCAAAAGGGUCAGCUUCUAGAGGACUGGAAAGAUCAUGAUUGUACUUCCCCUACCCUCAGCCCUAACUCCGUUGAGUAUUUUUUGUUAUGAGACUGAGUGUUUGGGGCUGAUGCUGUAGCAUUCUUGUCUGGGGGCUUGAUGGAAAAACAGAAAAGUGACCCUCACCUAACUCUCCAAUGCCCUUCAACAAGAAUGCUGUAGGAAAUAUUGCUAAGCCCAAAGGGAGGCAAGAAUUUGCUUCAGAGAGCCAGUGUGGUGUAGUGGUUAAGAGCGGUAGUCUCGUAAUCUGGGGAACCAGGUUCGCGUCUCCGCUCCUCCACAUGCAGCUGCUGGGUGACCUUGGGCCAGUCACACUUCUUUGAAGUCUCUCAGCCCCACUCACCUCACAGAGUGUUUGUUGUGGGGGAGGAAGGGAAAGGAGAAUGUUAGCCGCUUUGAGACUCCUUAAAGGGAGUGAAAGGCGGGAUAUCAAAUCCAAACUCUUCUUCUUCUUCUUCUUCAGCUCACCUUGUUAAUGGCAGAGCAAAAGCUAUGUGUGUGUCAUUCUCAAUCAGUCUACUUUCAGGACUGAUUUUAGAACCCUCUUAUGUCAGGCCACAUGGUCACUGGAGGUGGCCCCAUCAUGCAAACAUGACUAUCCACACAGGGACCAUCUAUUUUUGUUUUUUUUCCUGAUACUGGAUUUUAUGUUACAGUUACAUCUUUUAAAACAGCUGUCAGUAUAUCACACUGUAUUCCACUUGCCUUCCAAAGGAACAUGUGGCUCUCCCCACAUAGCGGGUUAGGUUGAGACUGCUGAUCCAAAGUGAUCAGUAAUUUUUACGGUAAUUACAAUCCUGCUUUCCCUUGUACCAGCUUACCUUGACUUCAGUAAGGCCUUUGAAAAGGUCCUCCAUGAUAUUAUUGCAAAACAACUAGUAAAAUGUGGGCUAGACAAAGCUACUGUUAGGUGGAUUUGUAAUUGGUUGGCGGGCUGAACCCAAAGAGUGCUCAUCAGUGGCUCACCUUCAUCCUGGAAAAAAAUGACUACUGGGGUUCCACAAGGUUCUGUCCUGGGCCUGGUGCUAUUCAAUAUUUUUAUAAAUGAUUUGGAUGAUGGAAUAGAGGGUGUGCUAAUCAAAUUUGCAAAUGACUGCAAACUAGGAGGGGUUGCUAAUACACCAGAGGACAGGGUCAGAAUUCAAAAUGACCUGAAUAGCCUAGAGAGCUGGGCCAAAGCCAACAAUAUGGAGUUCAAUAGGGAGAAAUGUAAGGUACUACACCUGGAUAGAAAAAAUGAAAUGCACAGGUGGGGGACACUUGGCUUGACAGCAGUACCUGUGAAAGGGAUCUGGGAGUCUUAGUCGACCACAAGCUGAAUAUGAGUCAACAGUGUGAUGUGGCAGCUAAGAAUGCCAAUGCAAUUCUGGGCUGCAUCAAUAGGAGUAUAGUGUCUAGAUCAAGUGAAGGAAUGCUACCACACUAUUCUGGUUGGUUGGUCAGACCACACCUGAAAUACUGUGUCCAGUUGAAGAAGGAUAUUGUCAAGUUGGAGCAUGUCCAGAGGAGGGUGACCAAAAUGUAAAAGGUCUGGAAUCCAAGCCCUAUGAGGAGAGACUUAGGGAGCUGGAUUUGUUGAAUCUAGAGAAGAGAAGUUUAAGGAGUGACAUGAUAGCCAUGUUUAAAUAUUUGAAGGGAUGUCAUGUUGAAGAGGGAGCAAGCUUGUUUUCUGCUGUUCUAGAGACUAGGAUGCAGAAUAAUGGAUUCAAACUAUGGGAAAAGAGAUUCCACCUGGGCGUGGUAAUCCAGUCAGGGAAAAAGGGAGGCAUACUAUGUUUAGGGCACCGUUUCCAGCCCCUUCCCCUUUUCGGGGUGAGCAUAGUGGAUCCUAAAAAGGGCUGCUCAGUCAUGGAUACAGCUGCUGAGCUGCUCAACUGCCUCAUUCCUUGAGUCAGAACGACUGACCGCCCACGUGUUGGUUCAUGACUAGGGGCUUCACAUUCCUGUCACUGUAGCCAUUUAGUGAUGGCCAUGGGGCGAGGGUUUGGGGAGGUUGGGUUUGGUUUUUGGAAGACGCCUGUGCGUGAAUUUGUUUUAUGUGUGUAGAUUAGUGCACGCUGACCAACACACAGUCUUCACAGUAGGGCUCUGUUCUAAUGGCAUGAGUAGUCACGACAAACUGGUGGAUCCUAUCUGCUGCAGCCUUCAUCCGCCUUCAGAGCCGUUGUAACACACUGCUUGUUAUCACCCGCCUGUUCUGCCGUUGAGGACUUCUUGGAUCAUUCUUUGUCUAACUCCUUCCCUGUUAUGUACUAAGCUUGGAUCCUAGAACAAUAGGCAAGUAGGAUCCUAGAAUGCAAGAACUGAUUGGCUUGCAGGAAAAGACCAAUCAGGCUCCAGGAGGGAAGCAGAAUCAGCUAGUCAGACGGGACUCAUUGUGUAAAUAAUGUAUAUAAAAGCCUGAGGUUUGGG